GUUUCAGGGAAUUAUGUUAAUCAUAACAUUCCUAAUAGGGAAAACAGAAGGGGAUCCAUUUUGGGACACCAUUCGGGACCAGCUCCUGGGCAAGCCAUCUGAAGAAAUCAAGGAAUGUCAUAAGCCAAAGCCAAUCCUCCUUCACACUGGAGAGCUAUCAAUACCUCACCCCUGGCAUCCAGAUAUUGUUGAUGUUCAGAUUAUUACUCUUGGGUCCUUGGCCAUAACUGCCAUUCCUGGGGAGCUUACGACCAUGUCUGGACGGAGACUUCGAGAGGCAGUUCAAGCAGAAUUUUCAUUGUAUGGGAUGGAGAAUAUGACUGUCGUUAUUUCGGGUCUAUGCAAUGUCUAUACUCAUUACAUUGCCACUUAUGAAGAAUACCAGGUGCAACGGUACGAGGCAGCAUCUACAAUUUACGGGCCACACACUCUGUCUGCCUACAUCCAGCUCUUCAGAGGCCUUGCUAAGGCCAUUGCUACGGACACAGUAGCCAACCUGAGCAGAGGUCCAGAGCCUCCAUUUUUCAAACAACUAAUAACUUCAUUAAUUCCUAAUACUGUGGAUAGAGCACCAAUAGGCAGAACUUUUGGGGAUGUUCUGCAGCCAGCAAAACUGGAAUACAGAGUGGGAGAAGUUGCUGAAGUUGUAUUUGUAGGUGCUAACCCGAAGAAUUCAGCAGAGAAACGGACUCAUCAGACCUUCCUCACUGUGGAGAAAUAUGAGGCCACUUCAGCAUCAUGGCAGACACUGUAUAAUGAUGCCUCCUGGGAGACCCGUUUUCAUUGGCACAAGGGAUUACUGGGUCAGAGCAAUGCAACGAUAGAAUGGCAUAUUCCAGACACUGCCCAGCCUGGAAUCUACAGAAUAAAAUAUUUCGGACACAAUCGGAAGCAGGACAUUCUGAAGCCCGCUGUCAUACUUUCAUUUGAAGGCACUUCCUCCGCUUUUGAAGUUGUAACUACUUAGUGAAGAGUUGACAAAUCAUUUGAAGAGCAGCUUUAUGCUGUAUACAUUAUAUAAGUGAUUUCACAUGAAUGUGAA